AUGCUACAAUCUAUUUUUGACUUUGGUUAAACGACAUCUACAUUUUGGUAAUAAUGUGAUAAAGCAUUACUUGAUGUACAUCUAUAUCUCUCAUAAUAAGGAAUAAAAUGAGUUACUAGAGCAUGAAUUCUUGGUCGGCUCUAAAGAGAGGUUGAUUAAAAAAAAGUUUCUUGUGAUGAGUUAAGAUUCAAUUUUUAGAAUUUCUUUAUCAAAUCUUAAGAGAGCACCAUUACUAACAAUGCAUGUUUAGUUUAUUGAAGCUUCUUCUGAUAACUUUGUAUAAUUAAACUCAGAUGAAUAAUUAUAUGGUUUUCACCUUUCUUAUUAAGGAAAGAGCCUAGAAAUAUUUACUGCAGACAAAAUUAAUUAUGAUAUAUGGAAGUCUCAUUUCAAGAGAUUUACUAUUUUGGAUAACUUUCAUGAAGCUUAUUCAGUAUCUAAAAUGAUUGGAAAAGGUAGCUUUGCAAAAGUGUAUCAAGCAACAAAAAAGGAAAAUAAUAAUUAAUAUGCUAUAAAAGCAUUUAGUAAAGCAUAUAUGUAACAGUAAUCUAAAGGAAUUGAAAGUAUGCUAAAUGAAAUAAAAUUAAUGAGAAAACUUAAUCAUCCUAACAUUGUGAAAUUAUAUGAAGUACAUGAAACCAUUAAUUCAGUUUAUUUUGUAUUAGAUAUGAUCUAAGGUGGUGAAUUAUUAUAAAGAGUAAGAGAAACAGGUAUAUUAUGAAUAAUUAUUUCUUAGGUUUUUUACCAGCAGAAACGAUGCAAAAGUUAGCAUUUAAUUUGAUAAGUGCUCUAAGUCAUAUGCAUGAAAAUCGUAUAAUUCAUAGAGAUCUUAAACCAGAAAAUCUACUAUUAAGAUCAACAGAAAAUAAUUAUGAGAUUAUUUUAGCAGAUUUUGGAUUGGCUACAAAUUUAGAUGAAGAACCUUUAUUUAAAAGAUGUGGUACUCCUGGAUUUGUUGCUCCAGAAAUCUUAGAUUAUAUUGAUGGUUAAGAAUUUUAUACAGAUAAAUGUGAUGUAUUUAGUGCUGGAAUCAUUUUUUAUUUAUUAAUUGUACUUAAUCUUGAUUUAAAUUUUAGACUGGAAACACUCCCUUUAUAGGAACUGAUCAAAAGUCUAUUCUUAAAAAUAAUAAAUAAUGUGAAAUAGAUUUUAAGGAACAUCAUUUUAAAUUAGCACCAAUAUAAAUGUAGGAUCUAAUUUAAUCUAUGCUCUAAAAGAAAGUUUCUUAUAGAUUAAGUUCAUAAGAAGUACUUUUAUUAAUUAAAUAAUUAUUAGUGUAUGAGACAUCCUUACUUUAAAUAAUUAGUCAAAGAAUAUAAAGUUUAAAUUGAUAAAUACUAAAACAAUUUAUAAGGAUAUUAAGAGAUUUAAAAUGCUAGAAAAAUUGGCACUUAAGAAUUAGAAUAGAGAUCUCCUCUAAAUUUUAAUUCUUCUGAUUCUAUUUCUUCAAAUAUUUCUUAAAAUAGAUAGGAUCAGAGAAAAUCAUCAAUUGUAGUUGGAGCUUCUAAAUUUAGUCAAUAUAGUGCAAGAUUAUCAAAGUAGAAUUCAAGAGAGAUUUCGGGUAAUUUAAUUAAUUAAUAUGAAGAUAUUCCAUUAAAAUAAGAACCAAAAAAAGCAAGAGAUUUACAUAGAUUGGCUUUGACCAAUAGUUAAUUGAAAUAGAUAGCCUUAAAUUAAUUUGAUAAUGUCGAAGAUCCAACGGCUGAGGAUUGUAAUGUUGGAGUUAUGGUUAGAUAAUAUAAUUCAACCAGACAAAUCAGAAUACCAGAUAAUACAUUAAAAAUUAAAGAAUGCAAUACUCCUACAAUGUAAAAAUAAUAAUGA